AUGUCUGAGAUUGGGUUUCCACCACAAUUGCCAAGCCAGUUGAAAUGUGACAACAAAGCCACAAUCAGCAUUUCAGAGAAUCCCGUACAACAUGAUAGAACAAAACAUGUUGAGGUGGAUCGACACUUUAUCAAAGAAAAAAUUGAAAAUGACAUUAUUGAGCUUCCAUUUGUGAGAUCAGAAGAUCAGUUGGCUGAUAUUCUUACUAAAGUAGUUUCAAGACAAGUCCUUGCUAAAGUUCUAACCAAGCUGAGUAUUGUUGAACAUCCCACUGCGCGUGGUUUGGAACCUGGCAUCAGGGCCGAGCCUCUCUCGCGCCCAGCCUCCCACCGACCAAACUCCCACAGCUCGGCCUUUGUCAUCGGCGUACCAGACACCCGUGCGGCUCACCCUGCAGUAUCACCGUACCGGAACACCCCAGGUCACCCACCCUCAGCGCCGUACCGGAACACCGCGGCUCACCCUUCCCCAGCGCCGUUCCAAACCACCGAGUCUCACCCACCUUCGGCACGACCAGACCUUGCGUUUCACCCUCCAACGCGCUCCUCUUCCAACGCCGGCAGCACUCAGUGUGGUCGCUGA